GUCAAACUGAAGCAGCGAGGCUCUUUCAUUCUCUUCUCUAUCAAAACAAAGAGAGCACUGAUGCAAAAUGGCCAUCACCGCAACUCAGACCACAGUUGAAAGCGCGAUUGAGCUUCCUGAUUUGAGGCAAGAGAAUGGCCGUGAAGCUGAUUCGUCUGAGACCGGACCAGCGCAAGGGCCAGACCAACGCCUCAAUAAGUCGGUGUACUUGAAGAUUAUCAGCGCCGGCUUCUCAUUCUUCGUAGCCGGCGUCAACGAUGGAAGCAUCGGAGCCUUGAUACCUUAUAUAAUACGCGAAUAUGACAUUAGCACGGCAAUUGUAUCGAGCGUCUAUGGCGCCAACUUUCUCGGCUGGCUGUUUGCAGCCUUUGCCAACACCCAUCUCUGCCAAUAUCUCAACCUCGGCGCCAUGCUUGCCCUCGGAGCCGUGUUCCAGAUUGCGGCACAUGCCCUCCGAUCUUGGGAUCCUCCGUUUGGGCUGUUUGUCGUGACGUUCUGGCUUGUGAGCGUUGGACAAGCAUUUCAAGAUACUCACGCAAACUCGUGGGUCGCCAGCGCUGUUCCCAAGGGUGCUCACCGCUGGCUGGCAUUUAUUCAUGCCAUGUACAUGGCGGGCUGCUUGGUUGGACCGUUCGUUUCCACUGCCAUAGCGUCUGCCGGAGACGUCUCGCGAUGGUAUCUGUUUUAUACGUUCCCACUAGCUCUUGGUGUUGUCAAUCUUGGGCUGACUUGCGUUGCUUUCCGGGAUACUCUUGAGCUUCAUCAAAAGACAGUUACAAGUGAGAGCAGUGGAAGAACCCUCGGUGAAACAGCUGAGAACCCUAACGAAGCUGUAUCGAGGAACAAGGAGGCUACGCAACUCAUCAAAAAAACUGCAAGCACGCCAAGUGUCUGGCUACUUAGCCUCUUCUUUUUCUUCUACCUCGGCUCCGUCCUUACUGCUGGCGGUUGGGUCGUGGAAUACCUGGUCAAUGUUCGUCACGGUGAUUUAUCGCAAAUGGGCUAUGUCCCUGCUGGCUUCAGCGGUGGCGGACUUCUUGGCCGAUUGCUACUGGCAGAGCCAACGCACAGAUUUGGAGAGCGCCGGAUGGUGUUUUGCUACAUCGUCGCCGCGAUUGGUCUCCAGCUGAUAUUUUGGUUGGUGCCGAAUAUCAUUGCCGCCUCGAUCGCCGUUAGUUUGAUCGGUUUCUUUACAGGGCCAUUGUUCCCAACUGGCAUCUCGCUUGGGUCAAAGCUUUUCUCGCCAGACAUUCACUCCACCGCGCUACCGCUGGUGUUUGUUUUCGCCCAGAUGGGAGGCUCAUUGUUUCCCAUCAUUACAGGCGUGGUGUCUGCCGAUGCCGGUGUGAGAGUUCUGCAACCGAUUUUGGUCGCUCUUCUUGCCACUACGGCAGUAACUUGGAUGCUGGUGCCAUCGCCAAAGUCGACAUCCAAUACUGCCCUGCAUCAAGAGUGAUGACAGCGACCUAGUGUAAUACAGGUAUGCUUUAAAAAGUAUGGCAUAUGAAAAUAUCGUUGGUGAACGCGUUUAUCAGUGAUAUGGCUCGUGUAAGCGCUGGUGCUGGUGCAUGAUGAAUACAAUGAUGACUACAAGAAAUACAGUUUUGUUGGACCAACCCCAUUGAUCUCUACCAAAAGAUGGUCGUGAAUUGAUAUCUAAUGCCUGCUUGAAUCAGUCUAACUCCUUUUUUAUGAUGUACAAAUUCAUACGCGCAUGUAGUGUAGCCGCUUGUCGCAUUAGAUAGACUUGUAUCACAUUCGUACACAUGCAACGAUUCUC